AGCUCUGUUUGGGAAAGCAAGUAGUAAGUGCAUACCUCAACAGAAUUCAAGUAUGGUUUUAACAACUUGACAUACAACUUCAAUCAUUUUUACCCAGUUUACUUGGAGCUUUGCCUGAUUUGCCAAGAUUUUUACUUAUUAACGAUCAGACUUUGGCCAGUAGCUAUUUCAAGGAAAUCAAGAGCCAUUUAAAAAUGGUUGAAAUCCUUAAGCCUGUUGAUAUGGACGAGUACGAAAAGAAGUGCAUCGGCAGCUUUGUUAAAAACGAAACUGUACCUGAAUAUGACAAAACUGCCUUUUCUUCUUAAACACAAUACAUAAGCACUACAAAGCUCACUACAGGAGAUUAUCAUUGCUGCUUGAAAAUGAGCUUAUGGUUAUUGUCCAAAAUUUAUUUUCUCUCUUUUUUAUUGAUAAAUACAGAUCUGAGCCUAACGUUGAAGUCAUGGGGUACUAAUCUGAGAUCAAGUGGUAAGAAAAAGGCUGACAGUGGUUUGCUGCUGAACGAUACCUACACUGUUUUACAGUACAAAGCAAAGUCGAGCAUGGCCAGUAAACAUAAUUUGCGGGGAGACUUUGAAAAAAUGAGUAAAAGUGCAGCCAACAACAUAGAAAAAAUGAAAAAUGAAUAUGGAGACCCAAAAGUGACCCUAGUGCAAAUUUCUGGUCUGUGUUUGGAUUUCUACUUGGUCGAUUAUUAUCUUGAUGGUCCCAUAUACAGAUGCAUACAUUUUGAGCAAUGCUUUUUACCGGACAAUAGAAAUGAUUACGGCCGCCUUUUGAAGCUAUACAAAGGUUUAGGAAAAGUAUCAGCUGUGGUGGAACAAGUAAUAAAGCAUUAUAUUGAAUAAAGAC